CAAUGCUUUUGCCUAAUGCCAGUUUGUGGCAUACGCCAAUCAUCAGCACAAGGAUUGUAUUUCACGUGGCAAAGUUGGCGCUGCUGGAUUAGCAUAAUCUAUUUAAUCUCCACUUUACUAGACACUUUUUUCACCAUUUAUCAGGUGAUGAAUGAAAUGCUAGAUGUACGCAAUGUCGAACCGAUUGUCUUUCAUGGUGGAAUUUUACUUGCCACAUGGCAAUUCUUUGGCUUGGCUAAAAAAUGGCCCAAAUUAAUGCGUCGCUGGGAUAGAGUGGAGCAUCUAUUGCCCAUGUAUGAGAAUUGGAAGCAACGUGAACGUUUGGCCCGCCAAAUACAGCGAGUUGCCUUUCUAUUGAUUGGUUUAUCUCUGAUGGAACAUCUGCUAAGCAUUAUAUCUGCUGUCUACUAUGACUAUUGUCCUCGCAGACGGGAUCCCAUUGAAUCGUAUUUGUAUAAGGCCAGCUAUCAGCUCUUUUUCGUGUUUCCCUAUUCCCAUUGGAUGGGUUGUUUGGGCAAAAUUCAAAAUAUAUUGCUUACCUUCGGUUGGAGUUUCAUGGACAUAUUUCUCAUUAUGAUUAGCAUGGGUCUAAGUGAGCUCUUGGCACGUUUAAGUAAGAGUUUGGAACGUCGUGUGGAUCAGGCCAUGCCAGAGGCUUAUUGGACCAGUCAACGUACACAAUAUCGGGCCAUAGUGAAUCUAAUCUAUCAAGUGGAUAAUGCCGUAUCAGGCAUUAUAUUAAUAUCCUUUGGCAAUAAUCUAUAUUUUGUGUGUUUGAAUUUGUUGAAAAGCAUUAAAUCCAUGCCAUCGAUGGCACAUACGGUUUACUUUUUCUUCUCUCUUGCCUUUCUACUGGGUCGUUCGGUGGCUGUUGUCAUUGUGGUUUCCUCGGUUAAUGAUCGAUCACAAGAGCCAUUGCGUCUGCUGAAAUUGGUGCCACAGCGAGCAUUUCAUGAGGAGGUCGAACGUUUUGCCAGCGAAUUGGCCAAAGAUGUGGUGGCACUUAGUGGCCUUAAGUUUUUCAACGUUACCAGGAAACUAUUUCUGACGGUGGCUGGGACUAUUGUUACCUACGAAUUGGUGCUCAUACAGUUUCAUGAGGAUAAAAAGCCAUGGGAUUGUGGUGCACUUAAUGUGGACUAAGUCGAUGUGUGGAUGUGCGUGUGUGUGCGUUUGUGCGUAGGGGACACUGUGCUACACAGUAGGUAAAUCCAGUGUCUCGUUCGGGAACCAGUUUGUUCGGUGGGUUGUGUGUUUUUUUUUGCUAUAAUGUGGCGGUGAUUUGGUGAUGCAACUGAAAACCAUAAAUGGUCCACGCUUCCUAGGCAAUGCCGAAAUGCGUGGCUAACGAUUUGAACCAGUUGACCAAAUGCCAAUGCCAAUUGCUUACUCCUAAGCAGCUUCCGGCCCAUUCGGCAUGGCCCAAUUCAUCGUGUUCAUUUCGCUGGCAUAUAAAAGUCUGGGCCUGCCGGCAACGCGUAAACAAUUCGCACAGAUCCAAGCUCAAGUCAACGUUACCAAUGGCCACCAAGAGAAGUUGCUACUAUCCGACACUGAUCCUGUUGGGCCUGAGCCUGGUCAGUGCUCAGUAUAUUUAUCCUCC